AUGGAGAAACCAUUUUCAAAUCAUUGGGAGGCUGCAAAAAGAAUUUUGAGAUAUGUCAGAGGAACACUUGAUCAUGGUAUUUUUUAUGAAGCCAACAUUCCUAUUAAUUUGGUUGGAUAUAUUGACAGUGACGUGGCAGGGAGUAUGGAUGAUAGCAAAAGUAUUUCGGGUUAUAUUUUUAAUCUUGGAAGUGGAGCAAUUUCAUGGAGUUCAAAGAAGCAACCUAUUGUGACACUAUCGACAACUAAGGCAAAAUAUAUUGCGACGUCAAUUUCGGGAGUCAUUUACUUUGGUUACGUGGUGAUCCAGUUCUUCAUGGGAGAACUUGUUGAUAUGAAGUAUUGCAAAUCAGAAGACUAA